AUGGGCAAAACCGAGAUCCGAACGAUUGGCAAGGUGAGCCUUGAUGUAAAGGCGUCGGACCAGCCCAACGUCCAUAAUCGAUGGCACCCGGAUAUUCCCUUUGCUGGCACGAUCAAGGACGGCGAAACAGUCAAGAUCGAAUGCUUGGACUGGACCGGUGGCCAGAUCGGCAACAACGACAGCGCUGAAGACAUCCGCAAUGUCGACCUGACCAAGAUCCACUACCUCACGGGGCCCUUCGAGGUCGAGGGCGCCCAGCCCGGCGACCUCCUGCUCGUCGAGAUCAUGGACGUCCAGCCCUUCCAGGACCAGCCCUGGGGGUUCACCGGCAUCUUCGACCGGUCCAACGGCGGGGGCUUUCUCGACGAGAUCUACCCGUCGGCCGCCAAGGCCAUCUGGGACUUCGAGGGCAUCUUCUGCACCUCCCGGCACAUACCGCACGUGAAAUUCGCGGGCGUCAUCCAUCCGGGGAUCCUGGGUUGCGCACCCAGCGCCGAGGUCCUCGAGACCUGGAACAGGCGCGAGGGCGAGCUGAUCGCGGCGAACAAGCUCGAGAGGCAGGUGGCUCUGCCGCCGGAGCCGACCAACGUCCACGCCGGCGCCGCCGAUGCCGAUGGCAAGGAGAAGGUCGGCAAGGAGGGGGCGCGGACGGUCCCCGGCAGGCCGGAACAUGGCGGGAAUUGCGAUAUCAAGAACCUCAGUCGGGGCAGCAAGGUGUAUCUGCCCGUCCACGUACCGGGAGCAAAGUUCAGUGUCGGCGACCUUCACUUCUCCCAGGGCGAUGGCGAGAUCUCUUUCUGUGGUGCCAUCGAGAUGGCCGGUGUGAUUACAAUCAACUUCAAGGUCAUCAAGAACGGGGUCGCGGAUCUCGGUCUGAAGUCUCCUAUCUAUAUUCCUGGCCCUGUUGAGCCGCAGUUUGGCCCGGGCCGGUAUAUCUAUUUCGAAGGUUUCUCGGUGGAUGAGCAUGGCAAGCAACAUUACAUGGACGUGACGGUUGCCUAUCGGCAAACCACCCUACGCUGCAUCGAGUAUCUGCGCCGCUAUGGCUAUAGCGACUAUCAGAUUUACUUGUUAUUAUCGUGUGCCCCAAUCCAGGGCCACGUAGCCGGUAUUGUCGACAUCCCCAAUGCGUGCACGACUCUGGGCUUGCCGAUGGACAUCUUCGACUUUGACAUCUCACCUUCCGGUCCGGCAAAGGCGUUGGACAUGGGUUCCUGUGCGUUUGAAACGGGUGUCACCGAGGGCAAGGUCACAGCUGGUGGGAAGAACAGCGAGCAUAGUUUCGGUGGAGGGGUGACUUACAAGGGCUCUGUGGCGGACAAGGUGAAGGAAGCUGUGUCGGGGUCUUGA